CGUAGCGGCUCCGAUGUGAAAGGGUAUGCUGGUCUCGUGAAUCAGACUUCUUAUGUAGGCUCUCUCUCUUAUUUCUGUCGCUCCGGUCUACUUUUCCUUUUUCAAACUCACUUCUCAAUGUCUUGGAGACAUAAUUGCCAAGUUCUUGAGCGCAGCAUGCAGGGAUUUCAACAUGCUUGGAUAAAAAGUUUUUGACAGCUCCGAUUUCGUGAUCUAGUUCUGGGGAGUUUCGGACCUGAUCCGACUCUAGGCUACUGCUUUGCAUCCCGCAUCCUGUCAAUCAAUCGUAGACAGCAUAGUUUGGUCGUGUCAUUUCCGUAAUACAAUCCGAACACAUUUUCCCCCAAAACGGGCAACAUGACAAACUGGAGUUGGAAUAACUUUGCAUUUCUGAUUGCUUUUUAUGUCUUGUCCAUGUCCGUUGCAACGAGCAAUACAGACAACACACUUCUGAAUUUACAUGACGGCAACAGCUUGAACCAGAGUGUGCAGCACAGUGCCGUCCCUGAGCCCCAACGCUAUGACACCACGGUACCUUUCCUGCUGGAAGGGCCGGAGCGCAAACCACUCAGCCAGCUCACGUCCAGGAGUUAUCCUGCCUCACUGAGGCUGGUGGUGGAGGCGGAAGGUGAAAAACUGGUCCUGGCACUACAAAAAAACAAGGGCCUGUUUGCAAGUCAUUAUACUGAGACACAUUACCUGGAGGAUGGGAGUCCCGUCACUGGUGCUCACAACUCUACGAAGAACUGUUACUACCAUGGAGAAGUGGAAGGCCACGCUAACUCUGACGUCACUCUCAGCACCUGCUCUGGCCUCCGAGGUUUCAUCUCACUUGAAAAUAAGACCUUCAUCCUUGAACCAUCGUUGGACCAGGACAAUUAUACACACAUCAUUUACCGAGGGGAAAACCUCAACCUGUCCUCUGGAACCUGUGGUCAUGGCUUCAACAUGUCCUCUGUUACACCUGACAACCAUCUAAGAAGCCCUUUCAGAACAUUCAGUACCAGGCACAAGAGGCACGCUCAGAAGACUACCAAAUACGUAGAGCUGAUCAUCGUUGCAGACAACAGAGAGUUUCAGAAACAGGGGAAGGACGUUGAGAGGGUGAAGCAGAGACUGGCAGAGAUAGCCAAUUACGUGGACAAGUUCUACAGGGUCCUGAACAUCCGCGUGGCCCUGGUGGGCCUGGAGGUAUGGAGCGACUCUGAUAAGUGUCCUGUCACUCAGGACCCCUUCAACACCCUUCAUGAGUUCCUAGACUGGAGGAAAGUCAAACUGCUGCCUACAAAAUCGCACGACAACGCUCAGCUCAUCAGUGGGGUGUACUUCCAGGGUACCACCAUUGGCAUGGCUCCCAUCAUGAGCAUGUGCACAGUGGAGCAGUCUGGAGGCAUCGUCAUGGACCAUUCGGAAAAUCCCCUGGGUGCAGCUGUGACUUUAGCACACGAGCUGGGGCAUAACUUUGGCAUGAACCACGACACCCCGGAGCGGGGGUGUGGCUGCAGGAUGACAGUGGACCGUGGGGGCUGCAUCAUGACCCCCUCCACUGGGUAUCCAUUUCCUACUGUGUUCAGCACCUGCAGUAAGAAGGACCUGGCAGCCAGUCUGGAGAAGGGAGUGGGGAUGUGUCUGUACAACAUGCCUGAGGUCAAGGUGCUCUACGGGGGACAGAAGUGUGGCAACGGAUAUGUGGAGGAGGGAGAGGAGUGUGACUGUGGAGAGCUGGAGGAAUGCAUGAACCCCUGCUGCAAUGCCACCACCUGCACCCUGAAGGGAGAUGCCGUGUGUGCACACGGACAGUGCUGCGAGGACUGCAGGCUGAAGCCUGCUGGCACACCGUGUCGAGAAUCCAGUAACUCCUGUGAUCUGCCAGAGUUCUGUACUGGUGCCAACCCCCACUGCCCUGCCAACGUGUACCUGCAUGACGGGCACUCUUGCCACAAAGUGGACGGAUACUGCUACAACGGCAUCUGCCAGACCCACGAGCAGCAGUGCAUCACACUAUGGGGACCAGGAGCCAAACCUGCCCCGGGGAUCUGCUUUGAGAGGGUCAACUCAGCAGGAGAUCCUUACGGGAACUGUGGCAAGGACUCCAAAGGAUUGUUUGCCAAAUGUGAAGCCCGAGACGCAAAGUGUGGUAAAAUUCAGUGUCAAGGAGGGGCCAACCGGCCUGUGAUUGGCACCAAUGCCGUCUCCAUAGAAACCAACAUCCCUCUUCAGGAAGGAGGGAGAAUCCUGUGUCGGGGGACGCACGUUUACCUGGGUGAUGACAUGCCUGACCCUGGACUGGUUCUGGCUGGCACCACGUGUGGAGAGGGCAUGAUGUGUCUAAAUCGUCAGUGCCAGAAUGUCAGUGUGUUUGGUGUGCACCAAUGUUCAGGGAAGUGCAGCGAACGAGGGGUGUGCAACAACAAGAAGAACUGCCAUUGUGAGGAGCACUGGGCCCCUCCCUUCUGUGAGAGGGCGGGGUUUGGAGGCAGCCUCGACAGCGGACCAAUGAGACUGUCAGAUGUGCGUGUGUGUGUAUUAAUGUGCGUGUUGUCGUAUGUGACGUCAGCCGACAGCAAGGGGGUUGCCGUGGCGAUCCUGGCCACCCUCCUCAGCCUGAUGGGUGCUGGGUUCCUGGUAUUUCUCAAGAGGAAGACUCUGGUCCGUCUGCUCUUCACCAACAAGAAGACCACCAUGGAUAAACUGAGGUCUGUUGGAUCCACCAGAGCAACCAGUCCCAGCCAGACUCAGUCCAUGUACAGUUCACGACGCAAGCCCCCAGCCAAGCCCCUAGCCAAGCCUCCAGGUGCCAGCGUAUACAAGCCAUCCCACCAGAGUUUGGAGCCUCUCCUCCCUUCACACAGUUUACAUUCCCACAGCUUACGGCGGUUGCCCAACUACCAGCCCAUCCACAUCAGCCACCCCAUGCCUGUCUCCCUGAGUGUGGGACAGCAACCUCUGCCCCCAGUCCCACCCCACCACAGGGCCCUGCCGGCCCACACUGCCCUCUCCCCACCGCGGGCACCACCCUGCCACAGCCUGCCCAGACAGCAACCCUACAGGAUAGACCAGGACCGUGAGAAGCCCAGUCCGCCCCAGAAGCCCCUACCUGCAGACCCUCUGGACAGGCGUGUUUGGGUAGAAAGCAGCACCUCGGUGGUGGGGGUCCGCCUCCCUGGACCCAUCCCUAUCCCCAUCCCCACCGUGCCCAGGACCCUGCUCACCAUUCCACAACCAAACAGACCUGCACCCAUACAAUCCCAGAGACUGCCUAAGACUCAUCAUUUCGACCGCUGAUCACAAAGAAAUGGAGAUGGAAUAGUGGGGUGCUCUAUGGAUGGAGACCCAUAUUUGCACUACAAGACUCUACCAGACCUUUGCAACUUUGAAAGGGUCUCAGAGUUUUGGGAAAAGGGGACUGACUUCAAACAUUGGUGCUAUGCCUCUGAAAGGUGCUUUUGUUGUUCUCGCUCAGGUACAAAUGAACUAUUUAAUGUCUAUACCUUGUAACUCACUAAGCAGCAGUGUUAGGGACUGGGAGUUUAUGUUCAGUUUGUCGUUAAUAAGAACUGCUUUCGCACUCCAAGGCAUCCACUCACUUCAUAAUCUGCAACAGUGUCAGACUGACAUGUUGGAGAUGUCAAUUGCGGUGUGUUUCGACCACAGGUGGUUGGUUGGUGGCACCUUAAUUGAGCAGGACGGGCUUGUGGUAAUGGCUGGAGCAGAUUAAGUAGAAUGGUAUCAAAUACAUCAAACACAUGGUUUCCAUGUGAGCAGUCCUGCCAUUCCAUUUGUUCUGUUCCAGCCAUUAUUAUGAGCCGUCCUCUCCUCAGCAGCCUCCACUGGUUUCAACUAAUCAAAUUCGGUGCAAAAGCAAGGGAAUUGUUCAGAAUCGACACGUACUUGAAUUAUUGUUCGAUCUUUGCAUUCAUACAUGGUCUACAUAUCAAAUUAAAUCAAAUGUAUUUAUAUAGUCCUUCUUAAAUCAGCUGAUAUCUCAAAGUGCUGUACAGAAACCCAGCCUAAAACCCCAAACAGCAAGCAAUGCAGGUGUAGAAGCACAGUGGCUAGGAAAAACUCCCAUGAAAGGCCAAAACCUAGGAAGAAACCUAGAGAGGAACCAGGCUAUGAGGGGUGGCCAGUCCUGGCUGUGCCGGGUGGAGAUUAUAACAGAACAUGGCCAAGAUGUUCAAAUGUUCAUAAAUGACCAGCAUGGUUAAAUAAUAAUAAUCACAGGAGUUGUCGAGGGUGCAGCAAGUCAGCACCUCAUGAGUAAAUGUCAGUUGGCUUUUCAUAGCCGAUCAUUCAGAGUAUCUCUACCGCUCCUGCUGUCUCUAGAGAGUUGAAAACAGCAGGUCUGGGACAGGUAGCACGUCCGGUGAACAGGUCAGGGUUCCAUAGCCGCAGGCAGAACAGUUGAAACUGGAGCAGCAGCACAGCCAGGUGUACUGGGGACAGCAUGGAGUCAUCAUGCCAGGUAGUCCUGAGGCGUGGUCCUAGGGCUCAGGUCCUCUGAGACAGAGAAAGAAAGAGAGAAAGAGAGAAUUAGAGAGAGCAUAUUAAUAUUCACACAGGACACCGGAUAAGACAGGAGAAGUACUCCAGAUAUAACAAACUGACCCUAGCCCCCUGACACAUAAACUACUGCAGCAUAAAUACUGGAGGCUGAGACAGGAGGUGUCAGGAGACACAUACAUGAUCUGAAUUCGUAUGUACCCUAAUAUGAGUUAAUUGACAGGGUAUUGGACCCAAGUAUAUAACUACAGUACCACAGAGAAAAGUAUCUCUGACCUUGAAGUUUUUCUCCGCUGGCGAACUUCAACACGUUUACAAACUUACAAAUGAUUUUGGGCUCUUACAUGCCCUUAAUAGUUCAUGUUGUGACCACAGACUUGAAGGAUAUGCUGUAGUCACCGCUUUCAUAAAUACUCAACUCUCUUACACACAGUUUGGAGUAUUUGCUGGCAGUUGUGCAAUACGUAAUGCUCCCAGCGGGGCCAGGAGAGUCUAAAAUGAGCUGACACUGCUGGGUUCCAGAGAAUCACAGCAACACCAAAUAAUGCAAUAUAACGGCUGGUGGAGGAGCGUGCUACACUUCAACUCACUUGAUGCUGUGGUGUCAAGAUGACUUCAGUGUUGUGAAGAGUCCAAACCCCACUUAGAUGGUGUCCAAUGUUUUAUUCAUUUUUAUCUUUUCAAAGUUUACUCAGACAAAAGUAUGCCAAAGUGGUUUACUUUACGAGGUAAUUGCCGGUACUUGACCUCAUGGUUAUCAUUAUUCAUUUACUAUUGGAGCUCGGUCUCACACAUUGGCACAUAACUCUCCUUGAGGUUUUCAAGACAAUUCCAAUUAAGUUGAAUUUGUCCUUUGAAACAUUACAGUCUUACAGCAAAUACAUCCAAUAGCUGUACUUAAUGUCCUGUUAUUUUCCCUUUAAACUUUACUUUACUUUAAUUUGCGGACUAAGUGACACAAUUGAUUUUCAAUACAUUCAAAUGUUGUCCAAAUUAAAGUAGAGACUGUGGGUACAUAAUGUCUUGGCCACAAUAUGGUUCAUUAAAUAUAGCUCUGAUGGGUGCUGAGUAAGAGUGUUCAUCAUACUGCUCAGUCCUCUGGCAUGGCACGGGGUGUGUGUGUGUGCGUGAAUGCCUGCGUGUGUGUAUGUUAGCAAGCUUACUAUAUGAAGUUAUGACCUCACUCUCAUAACUACUUUGUAAGGUUGUUUCAACAGGGGGGACUUUUACAUUAAAAAGUAUUCAGUACAGCACCAAACAGGGGCACAUGUUGCAUUAUUGUAGGUUGUAAAACAACAUAUCAAACCUGGUCUGCAAUGUAUUGUGAUCACCAAUAUACUGUUGUGCUUUAAUUAAAUGGAUGCAUGUGUGUGUACUCAUAAUGCAGUGUAUGUCUUGUCGCUCGAUAGUGUAGAAUGCACUACUCGCUACUCAUCAGACGUGCAUUGUGUAGUUGCAUUUACACUGUCUUUGUUCCUUUUUUUAACAGAUUUAGAUCAACUGCUAUCUGAUGUCAGCAUUUGUCAGAUCUUCAGGUCUAUUCACUUGUAAAAGUUGCUUUCUACAAAUGUCGUGUAUUUUUUGUUUCACUCUUACAUUUUCAAGUUAAAAGCCAUUGUACAGUUAGUGUAAAUAUAGUAUCUGUCAGCAAUCAGUAUUUUAUUUUACAAGAGCAGUGAGAACCACAAAGUGAUGGCUUCUCCUGUUCAAUAAAACAUGUUUUUUUUUAUUAUUAUUAUUGAACUCCAUUUGGAAUGAGGAUUAUGGUAAAAGAUUGGAUUCUGGAGCAGUUGGAGUACUUGAACAUUAUUGCAGAGCCAAAUAAAUGAGAUUUCUCUUAUGCUGUU